GAAGAAAGCUCUCCAAGCUAUCCAAGAUAACAAUUUCGAAACCACUUUAAAUGAUAUGUUCUCAUUCCACCGUAAAAUAGCUAGAGAAAAUGAAAUUGCGAUUUCUGGGGCAAAAUCUAAAAAUAGUUUUCAAAUUAAAAAAGGUGCUAUUGAUAAUAGUGAGGAAGAAAACAAUAGG